GCGGCGCAUGUUUACGUCCCGCCGGGCGCGCCGCGUCGCCGCCUGAGGUUGUUCGGCCGGGGUCCGAGCUUCUCGCACCAUGGACACCAGCGACCUGUUCGCCAGCUGCAGGAAAGGGGACGUGGGCCGCGUGCGGUACCUGCUAGAGCAGCGAGACGUGGAGGUAAACGUUCGCGACAAGUGGGACAGCACCCCCUUAUACUAUGCCUGCCUCUGUGGGCAUGAAGAGUUGGUCCUCUACCUUCUGGCCAACGGAGCCCGCUGUGAGGCCAAUACCUUUGAUGGCGAGCGCUGCCUCUAUGGGGCACUGAGCGACCCCAUCCGCCGGGCUCUGCGGGAUUACAAGCAGGUCACGGCCUCCUGCAGGCGCCGGGAUUACUAUGAUGACUUCUUGCAGAGGCUCCUGGAGCAGGGCAUCCACAGUGACGUGGUCUUCGUGAUUCACGGAAAGUCCUUCCGCGCGCAUCGCUGCGUCCUGGGGGCGCGCAGUGCCUACUUCGCCAACAUGCUGGACACCAAGUGGAAGGGCCGGAGCGUCGUGGCGCUGCGGCAUCCGCUGAUCAACCCGGUGGCGUUCGGAGCCCUGCUGCAGUACCUGUACACAGGCCGCUUGGACAUCGGAGUGGAGCACGUCAGCGACUGCGAGCGCCUGGCCAAGCAGUGCCAGCUGUGGGACCUGCUGGGCGACCUGGAGGCCAAGUGCGAGAAGGUGUCGGAAUUCGUGGCCUCCAAGCCCGGCACGUGCGUCAAGGUGUUGACCAUCGAGCCCCCGCCCGCCGACCCCCGGCUCCGGGAGGACCUGGCGCUGCUGGCCGACUGCGCGCUGCCCCCCGAGCUACGGGGCGACCUCGGGGAGCUGCCCUUCCCCUGCCCCGACGGCUUCAACAGCUGCCCAGAUGUCUGCUUCCGCGUGGCCGGCUGCAGCUUCCUGUGCCACAAGGCCUUCUUCUGCGGCCGCAGUGACUACUUCCGGGCCCUGUUGGAGGACCACUUCCGAGAGAACGAGGAGCCUGCGGCCUCUGGGGACCCCCCGGUUGUCACCCUGCAAGGCAUCUCCCCCGAGGUCUUCACGCACGUGCUCUACUACGUGUACAGCGACCGCACCGAGCUGCCCCCCGAGGCGGCCUAUGACGUGCUGAGUGUGGCGGACAUGUACCUGCUGCCGGGCCUCAAGAGGCUGUGUGGCCGCAGCCUGGCCCAGCUGCUGGACGAGGACAGCGUGGUGGGCGUGUGGCGCGUGGCCAAGCUGUUCCGCCUGGCGCGGCUGGAGGACCAGUGCACGGAGUUCAUGGCCAAGGUCAUCGAGAAGCUUGUGGAGCGGGAGGACUUCGUGGAGGCCGUGAGGGAGGAGGCCGCGGCCGUGGCCUCCCGGCAGGAGACGGACUCCAUCCCCCUGGUGGACGACAUCCGCUUCCACGUGGCCAGCACCGUGCAGACCUACAGCGCCAUCGAGGAGGCCCAGCAGCGGCUGCGGGCCCUGGAGGACCUGCUGGUGUCUAUUGGCUUGGACUGUUGAGGCCAGGCCUGUGACCGGGCAGGCCUCCAGAUUGGGCCUCCCUCGGGCACGGGCGUGCGUGUGCGUCUGCGCGUGGAGUCUUCUUGCUCCUUGUACACUGAGAGCAUCAGGGUGGGCGGACGGGGCUCGCUGGCCCACCCAGGACCUGGGGAACCCUGGGGGGAGGGUCUCCGUGGCCACAGCCACCUCCUCCCCAAUGCACAAACCAGCUUCCAGGACCCCGGGCUGGGCACCACUCAGGAAAAGCCGGGGCAGGGGACUCUGGCCUCUCGGGGCCUCCCUCCCCGGGCAUCCGGCCCUGGCCCAGCCCGGUCCUGGCUUGCUUUGACCCUUCCCGCGUGUGGGGCCGGGCGGGAGGGCGGGGCAGCCUGUGUGGUAAUAAAGAGUGGCUUCGCGGCAGGUCCCCAGCCUGUGUCAGGGGACAGCUUGGGGAGGGGGGGGGCAGCAGAAGUGGGGCCCAGUGCAGAGGCUGGCCAGAGGCUCAAAGCCGACCUGGACGUCUCUGUGGGCCUCAAGCCUCCUUGGCCCUGUCUCUGCCUCCAUUUCCUGCCUCCACUGGCCUCUGACUGUGGUGGGCCUCUUUGGGCCUCCUUCCAGGAGGAUCAUUUUCCCUCAGCCUAGACCCCAUCUCCUCUCCAGGGAGCCCCUUGUGGCCCUUCCUACAAGGACUGUGACAUUUUAGUCUGAUGGCAAAACAUUUCCUGUGUGAAGCUGUCCAGGGCCCCAGGAGGUAGUGGGCCAUGGGGAAGGAAAUGAGGGGGUCAAUAUGGCAGAACUUCCUGUGGCCACGGAGCCCUCAGUGAGGCCUCUGAGUCCACGAGGCUACUCAGGCUGCACAGUGUGGGGUGAGGGGGCCCAGGGACACAGGACCAGCUGCGGCAUUGAGAGGAUUUCUGCUUAGUUUCUAUAAUGUGGAUUUUAGGGUUUCAAAACCACAUCUGACCCUCAUUUAACAUUUUUUGGGGGAAGGAGAUACUAGGGAUUUAAUCCAGGGGUGCUGGGGUGCUCUACCACUGAGCCACAACCCCAGCUCAUCACCACCCCCACUUUGUUUGAGGUAGGGUCUCAGUAAAUUGCUGAGGCUGGCCUCCAACCUGUGAUCCUCCUGCCUCAGCCUCCCCUGUUGUGAGGGUUAUAGGUCAGGGCCACCCUGUCUGGUUUCACAGCGCCUUCUAUCCCGAGUGAAAAGAUUUCACAGGUAUAAAAAUAUAAAAUAUUUAUAAAAUAAAAUAAAUAUAAAAAUAAAUCAAGGGGCUGGGGUUGUGGCUCAGUGGUAGAGCACUCACCGAGCAUGCACGAGGCCCUGGGUUUGACCCUCAGCACCACAUAAAUGUAAAAUAAAGAGAUUGUGUCCACCUAAAGCCAAAAAAUAAAAACAUUAAAAUAAAAUAAAAAAUCAGUGGAAAAAAGGCAAAUAAAAACUGAAGAAAUAAAGUCUGGCACUAAAAUGCAAGGAGGGCUUCUCAAGAAGGGGAUCUGGAAUGAUCAGAGCAGGAGGGACCCAUGCAGACAGAGGGUCUGUUGAGACACAAGUGGGCCAGGUGCUGUGGCCCACGCCUGUCACCGCAGAGACUCGGGAGGCUGGGGCAGGAGGAUCGCGAGUUGGAGGCCAGCCUCAGCCACUUAGGGAGGUCCUGAGCAACUCAGCGAGACCCAGUCUCUAAAUAAGAUCUGAAAGGGUGACUUGAAGUCAACAUGAAUCAAUAAAACUGUCCCUGCGUUUGGGUACAAGUUGA